AAAAACAGCCGGAAUUACCAGAAUAAAAGCUGACAUUAAAUCUCUGAUAUUACAGAUAGGUCUUAAAAGUUUGAACAGUUGUGGUUCUUGGUUAUUCUGUGUGUCUGUUUUUAAGAGAUAGCACUGACAUGUAGAAUGCUGGGCUGUUGUUUUUCUUAGCUGAAAAUAAUAAUAAAAAAAAUUGUCACUUAAUAGCUCCUCCACCUCUUUCUCCCCAGUGCUUUGGAUAUUGUAUUUAGCAGCUGUUUUGGACACUGGACAGUAUUUGCAAGUUGAUUUUAAACACAUGCUGGCAGCAGGAAGCUCUGCCCACACACAUAACUUAAAGCUGCAUGGCUGCAAUGAGGUUCUGGAUCUGAACUGUUUUAAGCAAACUGUGCUAUAGGACAGCCCACCUGAGGAGCUGCUGGAGACUGGAGCACCGACUGCUGCUGCCACAAGGCCCCGCCAGCCAGACACGAUGUACUGCCUCCAGUGGUUGCUGCCUGUCCUGCUCAUCCCCAAGCCCCUCAACCCAGCCUUGUGGUUCAGUCACUCAAUGUUCAUGGGCUUCUACCUGCUCAGUUUCCUCCUGGAACGGAAACCUUGCACAAUCUGUGCCUUGGUCUUCCUGGCAGCUCUGUUCCUCAUCUGCUACAGCUGCUGGGGGAACUGCUUCUUGUAUCACUGCACAGGAUCCCAGUUGCCAGAAUCAGCUCACGAUCCCAGUAUAGUGGGCACCUAGGAAACUGUUAUCUUCCAGUUUGCUGACAGCUCUGGUUUUGCUUUUAAUUGGGGGGGGGGGGGCCUCGGGAACCGGGUGGGGGUGUGUUAGGCAUGUGGUUGAAGUAAAAACAGCCUAUUUCCUGUAAUGUAUGUGUGGACUAGAGUGGUAAAUUCCUGACCAGCCCUCCCACUCUGCCUGUGAAAUUUGACUUGUUUACUGUGUGAACUCUUGCAGCGCCACCUGCUUUUUUAGAAGCAGAAAUUUUUUUUCCUUCCCAUAUCACUGGGAAUGGACACCAGCCCUCCUAUCUGAGAACUGGUGGAGGAAAGAGCUGUUGGCCUCUGACUGUUGCACGGUGGUGGAGUUGUGUGUCACUCUCUUGUUGGCCACGGUGAUCUAACACUGAUUCUGCUCAAGUAGCUCCAGGAUCCUCUCCAUCCUUCACUCUGUGGGGAGCCAGCCUUCUCACCUUGCUGAUCAAAGGACAGCUCAACAGCUCACAGAUGCACUUGGCCAAAAGCUGCUGGAGCCAGAGGCAGUUGAGUCAUCUCCUGCUGCUCAGCCUGCCAAAGAGAUGUGUGCACUGCCCAAGUGCUUUCUGAACUACUAAUGCUCCAAGAUCAUAGCCUGAAAGCCUCAGUUACGCUGCUGCUUUUAUAAAGCCUCACAGGCAGCAGACUGCCUCUUCCCCUGCUAGAUUUCCAGGGUUUACCAAAUCAUUGACUGCAACA